GGGUGACUAAACUUUCCGGGUCACGUGAGCGGGCGGGGCGGGUGGGAUCUGGAGCGACCGGGUGAAGGACGGAGGCUCGGGGUUCCAGCUGGGAACCCGGGGUUGGGAACCUGAGCGAAAUCCCAAUCAGACGCUUGAGUCAGGUCCUGGGUCGCAGGUGCCCUCCUCGACCCAAGAUGCGGUAGGAAUUGGCGCCUUGGGGAAGUCCUGUCCUUGGCGUCACCAACUCGUCGCCUAAACUCAUGGCGACCCCAGGAUUGGGGCUGCUCUUGGCGUUUGGUUUGCCGAUGCUGCCCUCCGGCUGGAGCCAAACAGCACCGGACCCUUUCACAAAUAGCACAACUCAACCCCAAGGCGACGGGUCCAAUGGGGGCCUGUCUUCAGGGGCUAUUGUAGCCAUCACUGUGGUCUUUUCCAUUCUGGGAGUCCUCCUCAUAGCAGUGGGGCUGUUCCUGCUCAUGCGAAAACUUCGAGAAAAGCGGCAGACAGAGGGCACCUACCGGCCCAGCAGUGAGGAGCAGUUUUCCCACGCAGCAGCUGAGGCCCGGGCCCCCCAGGACUCCAAGGAGCCAGUGCGGGGCUGCCUGCCCAUCUAGCUCCUCCCCUCCUUCCCUGUCAUCCAUCUUCCCUUCCUUGCUGUGUGACCUUGUGGGAAGGCAACACCCUCCUUGGGCAAUCAGACUCACCCAAUGCUUAAGAAUAGAAGGGAAGAAAGUUGUUGAAGGACCCUGACUCUGAGGGAAAGCGGGAUGGCACUGCUCACUUUUUAUAUAUUUAUAUGAAAUUGAUAGGGACAAUAAAGGUUUUUUUUGUUUUGUUUUUUGAGGUAUGAGAAAAA